CAGCUUCCCUGCACGUUUGCAGUGCUUUAAGACGCUAAAGGCUGCCCUGCUCCCUAUAUAUUUGAACCCCCACGGAGUUCCAUCUUCUCUCUUGACGCGCUCCGAGCAGGCAGGAUGCAGGCAGGAUCGUCUCCUUCCGCUGCUCAUCAGCAGGUGAGAUCCAACCCUGCCUCCACAACAGAAGAGUGUGGAGCGUGUGGUCCUGGCUUCGCCUCACCUCUGGAUGCCAUGAAAGGACCCCGGGAGGAGAUUGUGUAUGUGCCCUGCAUCUACAGGAACACAGGGAGGAAGAAACCCGACUUUCUGGCCACUGUGGAUGUCAACCCCCAAUCUUCACACUACUGUCAGGUGAUCCACCGCCUGCCCAUGCCCAACCUGGGGGACGAGCUGCACCACUCGGGGUGGAAUACCUGCAGCAGCUGCUUCGGGGACGCCACCAAGAAGCGCAACCGCCUCAUCCUCCCCAGCUUCAUCUCCUCCCGCAUCUACGUGGUGGAUGUGGGAACCGACCCGCGAGCUCCCAGGCUUUUCAAGGUUGUGAACCCAGAGGACGUGUUCUGGAAGUGCAACCUGGGCUACCCCCACACCUCCCACUGCCUGGGCAGUGGUGAAAUCAUGAUCAGCACCCUGGGAGACCCGGCCGGCAGCGGGAAAGGUGGCUUUAUUCUGCUGGAUGGAGAGACCUUUGAGAUCAAGGGGAACUGGGAGAAAGGGGACAAGAUCCCCUCAAUGGGUUAUGACUUCUGGUACCAGCCACGCCAUAACGUCCUGAUCAGCACUGAAUGGGGAAUGCCAAAAUGCCUGGGAUAUGGAUUUGACCCAGCUGAUCUGAAGAAAGGGCGCUACGGACGCCACCUCAACGUGUGGGACUGGACCACUCGCACCUACGUCCAGGCCAUCGAUGUGGGCGAGGACGCGGCGCCCCUGGAGAUCCGCUUCCUGCACAACCCCGACGCCGCCGAGGGCUACGUGGGCUGCACCAUCAGCAGCGCCAUCCACCGCUUCUACAAGACCAAGCAAGGAGACUGGGCGGCCGAGAAGGUGAUCCAAGUCCCCAGCAAAAAGGUGGAGGGAUGGCUCCUCCCGGACAUGCCAGGCUUCAUCACCGACAUCCUCAUCUCGCUGGACGACAGGUUCCUGUAUUUCAGCAACUGGCUGCACGGAGACAUCCGCCAGUACGACAUCUCCAACACCCGCAAGCCCAAGCUGGUGGGGCAGGUGUUUGUGGGUGGCAGCAUCACCAAGGGAGGACCCGUGAGCGUGUGCAGGGAUGAAGAGCUGCAGAGCCAGCCAGACCCGUUUGUCAUCCAGGGGAAGAGGGUGCCGGGGGGACCCCAGAUGAUCCAGCUCAGCUUGGACGGGCAGAGGCUGUACGUCACCACGUCCCUCUACAGCGCCUGGGACAGGCAGUUCUACCCCGACCUCAUUGAGGACGGCUCCGUCAUGCUGCAGCUGGACGUGGACACAGAGCACGGCGGCCUGACGGUCAACCGGAGCUUCCUGGUGGAUUUUGGGAAGGAGCCCGACGGGCCCUGCCUGGCGCACGAGAUCCGGUACCCCGGUGGGGACUGCACCUCCGAUAUCUGGGUUUAGGCACCGCGCACAGCCCCCGAGGCCACUGCGCACCCCGACACCCGGAGCUCCGGCGUGGCACCCCUCUGGUGACCUUGAAAUAAACCGAGCUCUGGCCGCCCCA